AUGAGCUCUCAGCGUUAUCAGCCGGUGAACGCACACGAUGACGAUAACGACUCGCCGAUAGAGCCCUCCGGCAAUGCAUAUAGCCCUACAUCUCCCCCACCCUCGUUCCGAUCUCGCGACACAUCACCAACGAGCAGGCGGCUGCUAGAUCAGGAGGACCCUAUGACGACUGAUGCGUCGAGGGAUUUAGAAGACACCUUCGGCGACGGAUCAGACGACGAAGAGGAUGACCGACAGCGCCUUAUGCGAGGCAACCCAGACACACCACAAACAACACGCACACCCACAUCUUCCUCAACCACAGAACCCAGACAGCAAGUCGAGCGCCGGAUAACAGAACUACCCGCCUUCCGGCCACCCACCACACGACCGCAGCCCAAUGCACAAGCCAACGAUGGCGUCUUCGCCAACCUCGGCGCAAAACUCGAGCGCGGCGAACAAGUUGAUGAGAAGCCACCUACCUACGAACAAGCCGCAGCCGACGCCACCCCACCCUACUGGGAAACCACAAUCCUUGCCCCCGGCAUGUCCUCGGACGAAGUCUACGUCGAAGGCCUCCCCGUCGGCUCCCUCUUCUCCUUCCUCUGGAACGGCAUGAUCUCCUUCUCCUUCCAGCUCGUCGGCUUCCUCCUCACAUACCUCCUGCACACCACUCACGCCGCCAAAAAUGGUAGCCGCGCGGGAUUGGGCCUCACGUUGGUGCAAUAUGGGUUCUACAUGCGCUCGAAUCCAGACUCGAAUCAGGGGAAUCCGGGGCAGUUUGCGAAUGGGAGCCCGCCCGAUCCGAACAGUCAUAGUUUUGACCCGAAUAACGUUGACAACACCGGACCUGGAAGUGGUCCCGACACGGACCUAUCGGGCGGCGGCCUUACUGGAGUCGACUGGGUUUCCUAUGUUCUUAUGAUUGUUGGAUGGUUCAUUCUAAUCCGCGCCGUAUCCGACUUCCUGCGAGCACGCAAGGCCGAACAGCUGAUCAGUUCGAGCCCGAGCAGAGGCCUCCCCGUGCCAGUCGUAGCAGAGGGCGAGUCGCCGGAGCGGGCUGCUUAG